AUGCGUUGCGUGGUUCGGAUAAUUAUUGUGACUGUUGUCUUUGUUUUUCUAUUGGUUUAUUAUGUUUUUACACAGGCUAGCAAAUCUUCAGUUUUAUCAUAUGAUCAAAAUGGUGAGAUUUCAGAAUUCACAUAACAUUUUAAACAUUAUUCCUGGCCUUUUAAAAAUGAAAAAUCAAUUUUCGAAAUUCAAUUGAACAUUUUACGUGACCUUUUGAAACGUAUCAUUUCAUUUUUAAAAAUGUUCUUUGGCACGUGGUUUUUCGAGAUCAGACAUUUUUUGUGCAUGUGAGAAAAUAUGAAAAGUACCCCGCAAAAUUACAAUUAUUAAAUGAACCCACCUUAUUGCAGACAUCGAAGCGAGGCGAAUUUUGGAGAACUCUGAACCUUCACAAUCGCGAACUUCCGAUAACUCAGUUCAUCAACAAAAUCGGCAAUCGAUGUCAAUGUCGGUAGCAUUAGUUCUUAUAGUUUCACUUAUCAGCGUUGCUCUUCUAAUCACAGGUUAGUUAGUUUUAGUGAAAAAGGCCGGAAAAACGCAAUUCAAUUAAACUUUGAAAAACAAAUAAUUCAAAAAAAAAAAAGAAAAAACACGGUGCGUCUAAAGGCGCACACAAUACUCUUUCAGUGUCUCGUAGCGAUUACAGUAACAUAUGACAUUUUCAAUUUUUUUUAUUUUCAAUUUUUUCGCACUUGAAAAAGUAAACUUUGGUCAUCUUUACAUACAAGAACAACUUAAAUAUUAGUUUUGUUAUGAAAUAAUGCGCGAAAAAUUGAACCAAUUAGAAUAAUUUUCCUUUCCCGAAUUUUCAAUCUCCUUAUUUUUCAGGCAUCAUAAUAAUCGCAGUCACUCUAGAUCCAACAUCAAACAAUUCCGACGAAGAUUUUGAAGAGGAGGAAGAAUCUGAAUUGGAAAUCGAUUCUGAUUAUCCUUCACCAUCGAAACAGUAUUAUCCACCUUAUUCUUCACUUUUGACCGAAUUGUGA